UCGAGAAACAAAUUCGAAAAUAUUCUACAGCAGAAAAGCCUUCAGCCAAGGAAAUAGAAGAACGCGUGAUGAAAGUCGUUGCUGCUUAUGAUAAGAUCACUGCCGAUAAGUUGAAAUUAGAGUCGCACUUCGUCAACGAUCUGGGUCUGGACUCCCUGGACCAUGUGGAGAUCAUAAUGGCGAUGGAGGACGAAUUUGGUUUCGAAAUCCCAGACAUGGAUGCGGAGAAAUUAAUGAGACCAGCGGAGAUAAUUCGUUACAUAGCUGAUAAAGAGGACGUCUACGAAUAAGAUUCCUCUUUCUGUUUGUAUACUUAUGAUCUAGUAACUUUUCUUCAACUCUAAAGUACCAACUGUACCUUAAAAGACUCUGUCUUCAUCACAAGAGGGGCACUGCGAUUUCUUUUCUUUUCUUUUCAUGUAUAUAGGCAACGAUCAUUCUUAUUAUCGAAUAUGUCACGAACUGUUAGAAAAAAUAAACGAAAAGAAGUGAAA